AUGCAGCACAAUUUCAAUGGAAUUUUUGAUCCACCCUUAAUGGAGAACCCACAGAGCCGUUGUCACAGGCGUCAGUGUACACAGAAAUCGGCAUCGGCACCGAUGGUGUCACAAAGUCAACCUCGCUUAUGGGUCGCCUGGUCAUCAGUGGUAGCAUUAUUGAUUGUCUUGACAUACAUCUCAAGACCUGAUAUCUAUGUGUGGGGAUCGAUUGUGCCUCUUCAAUCUCAUCACAGUGCUCUGGGGAAGGCCGAUAUCCGCCCUCUAAUCACGCUUCACCCCGAGGACCACGUGUAUCGCCAACCCACUACGCAGUAUCUGAAUUGGCAUGUCACGACGGAUGUCCGCAGACUGGACGGUGUUCUCAAGCAGAUUUACCUGAUCAAUGACUUGUUUCCAGGUCCUACUAUUGAAGCGCGCUCUGGUGAUGCCUUGGUCAUCACAGUCACCAAUGCCUUGGAUGAGAAGUCAAUUUCAUUCCAUUGGCACGGUCUCCAUGUUGCCAAUGCCAUGGAUGGAGCAACAGGAAUUUCACAGUGUGGCAUCCCACCUCAUGGUCAGUUCAUCUACAAUUUCACGAUCCCCGCAGAUCAGAGUGGUACAUUCUGGUACCAUUCACAUGCCGGUGUUUCGCGUGCAGAUGGUCUGUAUGGUGGUCUUGUGGUCCAUGCCCCCGCCUUUCAUUCGAGUGUGAGGGGUCUCCUGCCUCGGUUUAAAAGCGAUGCCCAUCGUUAUGGCUAUGACAAAGAAAUCCUUCUUCUCGUUGGUGACUGGUACCAUUGGCCCGCCAAGGACAUCCUAGCAUGGUACAUGACUCCAGCCAACAUCGGCUUGGAUCCAGUACCAGACUCAUUCCUUAUCAAUGGAGUUGGAAGUUUCAAUUGUUCAGGUGCAACCAUUGCACGCCCGGUGGAUUGCAUAGAGCAGCCAAUCGACACUUCGUUCCUGAAAAUAGAAUCUGACACUGCCUAUCGAAUUCGCGUGGUGAAUACAGGAUCUCUGGCAGGAUUGAGUCUUGUGUUCGACAAAGAACAGCUGAACCUCAUCCAAGUGGACAGUGUUGACGUGGACCCCCUGCGACAGCACAAUGUAAACUCGGUUGGCACUCUAUAUCCAGGCCAACGAAUUGACUUCAUUCUGAGUCCAUCUGCGCAAUCCACUAGAUCAUCCAUGAUGGUUCAACUAGACCAAGAAUACUUCAGAUUCAUGAACCCAUCUCUCGAUCCAGAUCAAAUAUUUCCCCUCAACUUCAUACCGCAAGCAGAUUCUCCCCCAAUCCGCCCACCCGAAAUCCGAAACCAGGUCGACAUAAACAGCAUACCGUCUGCUCCAUCAGCCAUUCAAUUCCUUGCACCAAAGGUCGACCAGACAUACGUCGUAUACACGAAAAUCCAAAAGCUAUCUUUCAAUCACAACAUUCCUUUCGGCAUUUUCAACAAAACUACCUGGAGUCCCCAGCAAGACCCUCCCAUCCAACUAAUCGGUCUCCCGCGCACGGAGUGGGACAAGAAUCAAUUUACAAUCACGACGGGACCAGAUCCCGUUUGGGUCGAAAUUGUCGUGAAUAAUCUCGACGAUGGCGGUCAUCCGUUCCAUAUGCAUGGACAUAGUUUCUAUAUCAUGACUGUGCAAAAGAGUGCCUAUGGGUGGGGCUCAUAUAACCCAUUCGAGGAUCCGUAUCCUCCUGGUCUGGAGCCUGAGCCGGAGUUGGGGAGAAAAGAGGGAGCGGAGAAAGCCAUUCCGGACAUGAGUGAUUUUCAUCCCUACAAAUUAUCUAGCGUUGCUCUGCGUGAUACGGUUUAUAUCCCCAGGCGCGGAUAUGCAGUUUUGCGUCUCCGGGCAGAUAACCCAGGCGUAUGGCUUUUUCAUUGUCACAUGCCUUGGCACUUUGCGACGGGGACAGCGAUGUUGAUUGAUGUUCAGGGAGACUCGAGGGGUGAAGUUGCGCAUGAUGCUUCUCUGUUCGAGGGGGUGGGAGCGUGUCCCGGACUAGAUAUCUAG